CAUGUGCCUGCAGGACUUUAGAUGCGGGAUAAUAUUUGGAAAGAGUGAAUGGGGAGCUUGAUCCAAAAGGUUUAUUUUAUACACUCAAAUUUGAUAAAUACUUCCAAAACUUCCUGUUUAUCAGAUUCUCCCUUCAAACAAUCGAUACGCAUCAAUCACCACUCACACACUCUCAACAGUAGAACAAACAGAAUCAGCCUGCAGAUGGCCGCCGGCGACUCCACCACCUCCUCCGUAAACGUCGAGCAAAACCCAGGGAUUGAACUGCAAAGAAUCAUCAUACAAAACAAACACGGAGAAAAACUUGUGGGUUUGUUACACGAAACAGGGUCUAAAGAGAUUGUAAUCAUAUGCCAUGGCUUCCAAUGCACAAAGGAGUAUAGUAUGAUGGUGGAUCUUGCACUUGCAUUGGAAAAACAAGGAAUUACUGUAUUUCGCUUUGAUUUUUCAGGAAAUGGUGAAAGUGAAGGCUCAUUUGAAUUUGGAAACUAUAGUAAGGAGGUUGAUGACUUAAAAGCAGUAAUCCAACACUUCACUGCAGCAAAUCGUGUUGUAACUUCAGUCAUUGGACACAGUAAAGGUGGGAAUGUGGUGGUCUUAUAUGCAUCUUUACAUCACGAUAUCAAGACAGUUGUCAACGUGUCUGGUCGCUAUAAGAUGGAUAGGGGCAUCGAGGAGAGAUUAGGAAAAGAUUAUUUAGAAAGAGCAAAAAAAGACGGAUUUAUUGACAUUAAAUCCAAAACAGGAGAAGUUUUGUUUCGUGUGACUGAAGAAAGUCUGAUGGAACGUCUGAAUACAAACAUGCAUGAAGCAGGACUUAAAAUUGAUAAAGAUUGCAGGGUGUUGACUGUUCAUGGAUCAGUUGAUGAGGUCAUCCCAGUUGAAGAUGCCAUGGAGUUUGCCAAGAUUAUACCAAACCAUGAGUUAAAAAUCAUUGAAGGGGCUAACCAUGGUUACAACAAACACAGGGACGAAUUAUGUUCGGUUGUUGUGGCUUUCAUAAAGGACUAGUUGUCCUAACAGAAGGAGGUGAGAAUCCAUAAGUAAAAUCGCUGGCUAAACUAUAAAAGAGUUCAUUUUGUGGUGUUUUGAGACUUAAAGCAAUUCCUGUUGUUUUUUGUAUAGUUUGUUUGGAAACAAUGAUGAAUCAUGUAUUUGAGCAAAGAUUGUACUUGACUUUAGUGAAUGUCAUGUAUUUGGGAUGUUGAACUAAA